GAACAUUAGCUGAUUGCACCCAGGUGUGGAUGUGAGCAUUCAAACUAGUGAGGAAAAUGGCGAAAGUCUGUCACAAAGUGUGUGAAAGAAACCUGGGUGAAGUUGCCCCGCCAGCCCAAAGUGUAAAAUAACAUUUUUUUCCCCUUUUACUUGAUUCCUGGAUGACAAUUUUGAUAUAUUUAGGGAAAACCGACACAAAUGUUUGUCCAAGUCCUUCAUGACAAAUCUAGGUUGGUGGUCUUAAAGUGGAAGCAAACAAGUUUGUCCUGGUGCUGGAAGCAGUUAGCUGUUUCCACCUGCAGCCUCCAAGCACACAACACAAGCUUUUCUGCACAAGGUUGCUGACCAUCUUGUUUUUCCAGCCUUAUUUGAGGGGGGAAAAGGCUCAACUUCAAGGACUUGGAUUGCACACAAACAACUGGGACGCAAGGCCACAGGAGCUGUUCCAAAACAUUGAGGACGACAACAAGAAAAGAAAAAAAAACUCCUACAACAACUCCACACGUGGGGAUUCUUACACGGCUUUUGAGAGACAGCUGCCUUAUGGACUGUGCCAAAGCGGUCCCACACCACAAAGCACAGCCAUCUGAAGAAACCGCAAGUUACAAAGCAAGGUUGGUUGCAUGGACAAAGGCCCUCGCUCUCUGGUCUAAGUUGGAUGACAAAGUUGACCAACUUCUCGGUCUGUGUCCACGUCUUCUACUAUCCAGACGCCAAGACGCCUGUCGCUGGCCGAGGAUGUCGUCAACUUUCUGGGCUUUUGUGCUGCUCACCGCGCUCAUGGUGCUCUACUGCGGCCAGCUGGCGGCGGGGACGUGUGAAAUUGUGACGCUGGACAGGGACAGCAGCCAACCGCGGCGGACCAUCGCCAGGCAGACGGCCCGCUGCGCCUGCAAGAAGGGCCAGAUCGCAGGAACUACAAGAGCGAGACCCGCCUGUGUGGACGCUGGCAUCGUUCGGAAAAAGCAGUGGUGCGAGAUGGUGCCGUGUUUGGAGGAUGAAGGCUGCGACCUGCUAGUCAAUAAAUCCGGCUGGACUUGUACGCAGCCCGGAGGCCGAGUCAAAACAACCACGGCCCUAUGACGCAACAAGAGUCCCGCUCCACACCCUUGCACUACGGAGAGCAUUGACGACCCCCUUGACAGACCGCCAAAAAGCACCACCACCUCCCCACCACUUCCACAUCACAGCCAGUCCAUUCCCUGGAAGUCCUCCAUCCUGCACCCCGGUCCUCAUGGAGGCAGCAAGGUACCAAAGGAGCCCCUCGGGAAUACAUUUCUAUUUCUAAAACCCUAAGGAUUCUCGACACUCGUGACAAAAAAAAAAAAGUCAGCUUCCCAAAAACUGCAAAAAUACUACUUUAUUUUUCCACUUUAAAUCAGUCAGCCUUAAAAAAUAUGUGUUGAUUAUAUAAGCGUGUAUUUAUUUU